GGGUUAUGUGACAAUUAAAAAGCAGUUCUAUAUAGAAAUUAAAUUUUUUGGGGCGUUAUAAGAAAUUUCAGUGAACGUAUAUAUAUUUCGGUACUGUUUAAAAAUGAUAUAUUGAUAUAGUUGCACAAACAUACACAGAAAUGGCAGAGUCAAACUUCAGUAAAGUCGAUGAAUAUGGAUUUGAGAGGCACGAAGAUUUUGAUUUCGAGAGCUAUGAACAAUUCAUGUCAGUAUACUUACGAGUUCUCGCAACGCGAGCUCAGAAAUGGGCCUCACUCCUCGGCGAAGGAAAGUCGGUGAAGCGCACUAAUAUCGUCAAAAGAUACGUUCGCAAAGGAAUUCCAAGUGAACAUAGGCCUGCGGUAUGGAUGGCAAUAUCGGAUGCAGAAAAGAUGAAAAAUCAAAGCCCUGAUCUUUAUCACAAAAUUUUAGACAGACCCUUUGAAAAAGAAUUGGUAGAUUUAGUUAAAACAGAUUUACCUAGGACAUUCCCAGAUAAUAUAUAUUUCACAAAGGAGGCUAAUCAUCAGACACAUCUGUUUCACAUACUUAUAGCAUACGCACACAACAACCGUGUGGUUGGCUAUUGUCAAGGACUGAACUACAUUGCAGGUUUAUUGCUGCUUGCAACAAAAAGUGAAGAAGUAUCAUUUUGGUUGCUGAAAGUACUUGUAGAAAAGAUUCUUCCAGACUAUUACUCCAAGACUAUGGAUGGAUUGAUUGUAGAUAUAGAAGUUUUAUCAGAGCUUGUCAAAUCUAAAGUACCAGAUGUUCAUCAGCAUGUGAUAAACUUGGGACUUCCCUGGGCUGUCAUUACGACCAAAUGGUUUGUUUGUCUGUUUGCUGAAGUUCUGCCCAUAGAGACUGUGCUAAGGAUAUGGGAUUGCCUAUUGUAUGAAGGCUCUAAAAUUCUAUUCAGAGUCUGCCUGACACUAAUAAAAUCCAACCGGCCAGCAAUAAUGUCCUGUAAUGACUUUACAUCACUAGCAGAAUGUUUUAAAGCUAUUGUGAAAAAUGCUAGUGCUCUGCACUGUCAUGAAUUCAUGCAGGCAAUAUUUAAAGUACCUGGUACUCUAUCUAACUCAACUAUAACGAAACUCAGAGCCCGAUUUGCAAAACAACGACGUGAACAACUGCUAAAAGAGCAGCGGUAAACUUUUUUCGGGGGUUUCCCACAAAUUUUGAUCUCACCUUUUUUUUUUUUAUACUAAUCAGACUUGUCUUCUACAACUGGUGUGUUGCUAAGAGUUAAGUAUUGGGUGGAGUGGCCACUUAGACCAUCAUCUUAUUGUUCUAGGUAGACUCAGUUAUAAAGACUAAGUACAAUAAAACUAUUGUUAACUAAACCACGAGUACAUAUCUAGUGGCAUAGCUGCUCCUUGUCUACUUACUUGUCGUGCACUGUAUAAACAUUUUUAAGGUUCCGUACCCAAAGGGUAAAAACGGGACCCUAUUACUAAGACUCCGCUGUCCGUCUGUCUGUCUGUCAGCAGGCUGUAUCUCAUGAACCGUGAUAGCUAGACAGUUGAAAUUUUCACUAAUGAUGUAUUUCUGUUGCCGCUAUAACAACAAAUACUAAAAAGUACGGAACCCUCAGUGGGCGAGUCCGACUCGCACUUGGCCGGUUUUAUUUAUUCUCUAUGUGAGCUCUGUGCCAGUCCAGGGCAUUUGAGUACCGAAAUGGAGUUAUUCUAAAGUCUAUUUAUCCAAAGGAACGCAUUUAUGCAGCCUACGUCAUGUAUACAAAAUGUUGAUAUGGGGCUGAGGAGA